AUGCCACACAAGCGCCAUGCAGAAGCCGGGGAGGGGGGGCAUUUGUGGGAGCAUAUAUUUUCGUAUCCAAUCAGGGCACGCCACAGCCCUCCCAAACUCAACCUUGGACCCCGUGAUGAGGAGAGGAGGGCACACGAGCAUGCUGGCGAGCAGUUCAAGAGGUCCCAGGCUGGUCAGACAAGGGCAAACUGGCAGGGGGGAGAGCGAGAUCGUGCAAACGAGACGAAGACAGCUACAAGCCGUACUCUGAACCGUUCGAGGUUAGGUCCCAGGACCAAUGUGCUCGAGAGGCUAGGCCCACAAUCCAAUGUUGGUGCUCGCUUAGGUCCACAGGAGCUCGAGUUCGUGAGCGGUCGCGGCGACAAGCUGUGGAGGGAUCUUCCCAAACUCAACCUUCUCUCCUGCCCCACGGGCAGGGCAACCAAGGGGAUCGACCCUUGGGAGCUGGAGAAGAAGUUAGCCAAUCACUCGAGGCACCGAAGAUGUCGAUCUGAAAUACCUUCCUUGCGAGCAGAGGAUGACGAUCGACGCCCACUAGCCCGCUCGAGGUCCAACACGCGGUGA